AUGUCGGCACGGAAACCAUACCAUUUCGGACUGCUACACGCAAGGUGCACGAAGUAUACGAAGCCGGUUGAAUAUGACCGCAUCUGCGAUAAUAUUACGACCAAAGACAUGAACGUGUUCCUGCAGUUCGGGGACAACGUGUUCUCGGCCCGGUGCUGGAGGGGGGUAGCACACGACGAGGCCAGGGGGGCCGAUGUGGGGGUCGUCAUACCCUCGAUAGAGGUGUGGCACAACAGCAGCAACACCACCCUCAUGGCCUCCUGCCACACUGUCGUCAAAAAUGGCACUACCGUCAGGUAA